AUGCUGGGUGACUCCUGCCGGGGCAGGAAUCCCUCCUACUACGGACUCCCAGCGCGGACUCCCACCGCGGGCUUCCCACGCACCUGCCGCUCGCCAAUCACAGCCUAUGAUGGUGAAGCCGGCCGGCGGGUCGGGGUUGGCGGAAGUCGUGUAGGCAAAGUGAACCUGCAGUGCAGGACAUCGGCGCGGUGCCGGGCGGGUGUACCGGAAUCGGACGCGGCGCUGUGGCUGUUCCUUCGCCGCAUUGUGGGCUCUGGAAAGAUGACUCGCUUCGCUCUGACCGUUGUACGACAUGGAGAAACCAGAUUUAACAAGGAGAAAAUAAUUCAAGGACAAGGAUUCGAUGAGCCUCUUUCAGAAACUGGAUUUAAACAAGCAGCAGCUGCUGGCCUAUUCCUCAGUAAUGUGAAGUUUACUCAUGUUUUUUCCAGUGAUCUCACAAGGACAAAACAGACCAUCCAUGGGAUUUUGGAGAAAAGUAACUUUUGCAAAGAUAUGACAGUAAAGUAUGACUCAAGACUUCGAGAAAGGAAAUAUGGGAUCGUAGAAGGCAAGGCGCUGGCUGAGCUAAGGGCAUUGGCCAAAGCAGCUGGGGAAGAAAUUCCCACAUUCACACCACCCGGAGGAGAGACGUUAGACCAGGUGAAAUUGCGUGGAAAAGAUUUUUUUGAAUUUCUCUGUCAACUGAUCCUGAAAGAAGCAGGUCAAAAAGAACGGUUUUCCCAAGGAGCACCAGGCAGCUCUCUGGAAACUGCUUUGGCAGAAAUAUUUCCUUUAGGAAAAAACUGUGGAACUGAAUUUAAUUCGGACUGUGGUGCCCCAGAAUUAGUAGCCAGUGUCUUAGUUGUGAGCCAUGGAGCUUAUAUGAGAAGCCUGUUUGGUUAUUUUCUGACUGACCUUAAGUGUUCCCUACCAACAACUCUAAGCAAACCCGAACUUUCAUCAGUCAGCCCCAAUACAGGGAUUAGUCUCUUUAUCAUAAACUUUGAGGAGGGAAAAGAUGUUAAACCAACAAUUCAGUGCGUUUGCAUGAACCUACAGGAUCAUCUACAUUGA